AUGGGGCGAAAAUACAAUGGUCAGGCACCGUCAUCAACUGACGAGAAUACUGAACAGGAAAUUGAAGGAGAAACACAAGGACCGCAAGUGACUGCAAUACUGGAGCACGAAAAGGGCAAGAGAAAAAGAAAAUUGAAAGAAAGCUUACUAGAACAGCAUAAGGAGAAGCUUUCAAGGCAAAAAAGAAAACGACUUGACAAGUAUAUUGAGCACCAAAUGAAAAGAGAAGAGAAGGAGAUUCUCCUCCAGAAGCUUAGCGAGACCAGGAUAGAUUCCAGCAUUCUCAAAUCUGCCAAACUUAUAGGAACAGGGACUCAUCGGACCAAACGAGAACGCUUUUUAGAAGCUCUGGAGAAAGAAAGGCAUGGAAAUGGAGAUGAGGAGACACAGGAAAUUCUUUAUGACCAGAGAACAGUAAAAGAAUGGCGCGAUGAGGAGGAAGAAGUAGGACAUACGGACAUUCAAAUCGAGAACAAAGCAAAUAUCUUUCUUCCGAUGAAUCUAACAUCUGGAUUUGGAUUCGCAAGCCAUAAAAAGGCGCCAAAGAAGAAGAGCACCAAAAAUUAUAGCUGGAGGGCCAGGCUUGAGCUUGAAGGGUCGAAGAAAAAGGCUGACGAGGACAAAUUGGAUUUUGCAACUGAUGAUCAUGAAGAUGAAGAAAUGGUUAGUGAUGAUGUGAAUGAGACUGGAGAGAAAUCAAAAAAUGGUGAGAAGCAAGACAAGAAAGAAAAAGAAGAAGAAGAAGAAGAAGAAGAAGAAGAAGAAGAAGAAGAAGAAGAAGAAGAAGACGACGACGACCAGGGCGAGGACAGAUUUGAUGAUGAGGAAGAUGAAGGAGAAUUCGAGAUGGGUAUGAACAAGAAGGGACACAGCCAACGUGCACAGAAUUUCAAAGAAUGGGCUGAAGCCCAAGUCAAAAAACUGGAAGGCAUAAGCGAUUUUGUUACUCCCUCAGCACCACAAAUGGCUUACACGCCUAUUGUUCGGCAAGAAGAUCUAGAUGAUGAUUUGGAUGGAGAUUUCAUUCCGAUCAAUGAGGACCUACGAAGAAAAAUAGUCACUAUUGAUGUCCAAAGAGAUGACUGUAUACAGAAGGCCAGAAUGCAGUUGCCCGUUUUUGAGGAGGAGCACAAAAUCAUGGAGGCAAUUCAUCACAAUGAUUGCGUAAUUAUAUGUGGUGAGACAGGAUCCGGUAAGACUACUCAGGUUCCUCAGUUUCUCUUUGAGUCUGGUUAUGGAAGUCCAGAUUCUGAUACUCCAGGUAUGAUCGGAAUAACUCAACCAAGAAGAGUUGCCGCAGUUGCUAUGGCAGAAAGAGUCGGACGGGAACUUGGCAAUUACAGAAACCGAGUUGGACAUCAAAUAAGGUUUGACGCUUCGGUUGGGGAUGAAACAUCUGUUAAAUUUAUGACUGACGGUGUUCUUUUGAGGGAGAUGAUGUCAGAUUUUCUUCUUAAAAAGUAUUCUGCAUUGAUAAUCGAUGAGGCCCAUGAAAGAAACAUUAACACUGAUAUUCUCAUAGGAAUGUUAAGCAGGGUAUUGAAGCUUCGCAGAGACAUGAGCUGCAAAGAUCCAGCCAAAUGCGGACCGUUGAAACUGAUUAUCAUGUCUGCCACCCUAAGAGUGUCAGACUUCAGCGAGAAUAAGAACUUAUUUGCCUCACCACCGCCAAUAAUAAACGUGCAGGCUAGGCAAUAUCCUGUGUCCAUUCAUUUCAAUAGAAAAACACCUUUCAACUACAUCGAAGAGGCCUUUAGAAAAACUUGCAAAAUUCAUUCGAAGCUUCCACCGGGUGGAAUAUUGGUUUUUUUGACUGGAAAAGGAGAAAUCAAUGACAUGGUCAGGCGACUCAGGAAGCGAUUUCCGCUAAAAAAGGGGAACAGCUAUGACGAUGUUGCAGAAGUCAAAGUCGAUUCUAGAAAUGUUGAUAUGGAAGCUGAGGAGGUGGACUUUUCUGUCAAUGACAUGAUCGACGAUUUCAGCGAGGAAGAUUCAAAUGAAGAGGAUGAGGAAGAGGAGGAGGGGUUUGAAGAAACUCUAGAGGAAGGACAAACGGCAGAAGAUCCACUAUAUGUACUACCUCUCUAUUCCCUGCUUCCUACAAGAGAGCAGAUGAAGAUUUUUGAGCACCCCCCCAAGGGUGCUAGGCUUUGCGUGGUCGCUACCAAUAUUGCAGAAACCUCACUAACAAUCCCGGACAUCAGGUAUGUGGUUGAUUGCGGAAGGUCAAAGGAGAGAACUUUCAACGAAGACACAGGGGUUCAAUCAUAUGAAAUCAGAUGGAUAUCCAAAGCCAAUGCAGAUCAGCGUGCUGGAAGAGCAGGAAGAACAGGACCGGGUCAUUGUUACAGGCUUUUUUCUUCGGCGCUCUAUGAAAGCGAAUUCGCACAAUUCUCCAAACCUGAGAUUCUGAGGAUGCCGGUGGAAAGCGUAGUUUUGACAAUGAAAAGCAUGGGGAUAGACAAUAUUACCAAUUUCCCUUUCGUCACACCACCUACUAGAGACUCUCUUCGAAAAGCUGAAAAACUGCUUCAGCAUUUGGGUGCAUUGGACGACCGCAUGAUAAUAACAAAUCUGGGCCAAAAAAUGAGCCGUUUUCCGCUGAGCCCCAGGUUUGCUAAAAUGCUCCUAGUGGCAAAUCAACAAGGCUGUUUACCGUAUAUUAUUGCUGUGGUUUCUGGCUUGUCAGUCGGCGACCCGUUCAUUAGCGAGUCGGAGAUCAUUCAAAGAGGAGAAGAAGAUGAAGAGAACGAGUGGAGGAAACAACAAUUGUCCAAGUUGAACAACUCUCGCCUAUUGUUCACCAAACUGGAUAAAUUCAGUGACGGAUUGCAAAUGCUGUCAGCGAUUUGUGCACAAGAUCAUAUUCCCAGAGCUGGUCGUGAGAAGUUUUUCGAGACUAACUUUUUAAGACCCAAAAUUAUGGAUGAGAUACUGAAACUGAGGAAGCAACUGACCUACAUUGUCAAAGUGAACCUCAGCAAAGAGUCUAUAGCUGUUUCUUCUCUGGUCAAAGAAGAGGAACUUAAGCUCAGUCCACCUACAAAGGUCCAAGUGGAAGCAAUAAAACAAAUGAUAACAGCAGGUUUUAUUGAUCACGUUGCCGUGCGCGCAGACCUCGUGGACAAGAAUAUCAAGAUACCUAACAAUGCACCGAUUACAGCAAUUCAAUAUUUCACACUGAUGCCUACAAGUGAAUCCAAAUCAGAUGGUUUUGUUUACAUUCAUCCAAAUUCCGUCCUAUCCAAGUGUGGUGAACUGCCACCAUCAUUCUUAGUUUAUGAAUCGCUUACCACCAACAGUGCAUCUGCAACUAACAAAUUGAGAAUGCGACCACUGACCGAUAUCGGGGGUCGCGCACUGGCAAACGUGGCCGCCAAAUCUGGCUUGAUAACAUACUCAAAGCCAUUAGGUCACCCAUACGCUCCAAAGGAGAUCAGUCAAAGAGAGAGAGAGUGCUAUGUUGUGCCAAGAAUGGGAGCCAAUAUUGGAACCGGUGGAGUAGGAUGGGACCUUCCGGCAAUAAAAGUUCGCCAAAGCAAAGUCAGAGGGAGCUGGGUUAUCAAACAAUAA